UUACAAGCACACAACCACCUGGUGUGGCUGUAACAAAUCCCUCCGUGCCCUGCAGUGGGCAGGUGGUGUGGUGUCCCACGGGGAUUUGAUCCCCGUCAUACCCCAGGUAUUGGGUUGCUGGGAUGCGGGAACAGGAGCUCUGGUGUCGGGAGGUGACACCGGAGCUGGUGCUGAGCCCCUCCUGGGCACGCGGAUGCGGGAGCCGCGGCGCAGCGCUCCGGCUGGGAGCAGCUACAGCAGGUACCCGGCCAUGGAUGGCACCAUGUCCCUGAGGAACGAGGCAAGGAGAGGGCAGCACAGCGGUUUCCAAGACCCUUUGGAAAGCACUCGAAAGGGCGACGGAUCCCCUGGGGCUGCACUUUCCCCCACUGGCUGGGCCAGCAGAGCCAGCUGUGCUGUGAUGUGCUGGGUUCUGCAGGCUUGGUUGGUUUUCGUGAUUCUGGUACCCCUCGCUCCUGGGAAUCCCGUGGCAGCAGGCAGCAGACGAGACAUGACGGCCAGCAGGAGGGUCCCCGUCCUCGCCCUCGUGCCCCUGCGCUGUGCAGACACAAGCCACCAGACCCGCUCCGUCUCCAGCCGCCCCUACUACAGCCUGCCCAACAGCAGCCAUGAGAGGCGCUCGGUGCUGGCCGUCACGGAGCCGCCGCGCUUCCACUCCCAAGCCAAGGGCAAGAACGUGCGGCUGGACGCCCACUCGCGCCGCGCCACGCGGAGGAACAGCUUCUGUAACGGGGUCACCUUCACCAACCGGCCCAUCCACCUCUACGAGAAGGUCAGGCUGAAGCUGGUGGCCGUGCACCACGGCUGGAGCGGGGCCCUGCGCUUCGGCUUCACCAUCCACGACCCCUCGCAGAUGAGCUCCGACGACAUACCAAAGUACGCCUGCCCCGACCUGGUCACCCGGCCCGGCUACUGGGCCAAGGCUUUGCCAGAGAGGUUCGCCGUCAGGGACAAUAUCUUGGCCUUCUGGGUUGACCGUCACGGGAGAGUCUUCUACAGUAUUAACGACGAGGAGCCGAUAUUGUUUCACUGUGGUAUUAAAGUUUCCAGUCCUCUCUGGGCGCUCAUAGAUGUCUACGGGAUUACCCACGAAGUGCAAAUUCUAGAUAGCAUGUUUGCGGAGACCAUGACCAGCGCCCGCCUCAGCACCGCCCGUCUCAGCACCUGCCUUCCGCAGAGCAGCCACGACUCCGCCAACUUCAACAACAACGAGCUGGAGAACAACCAGGUGGUGGCCAAAAUCGCAAACCUGAACCUGGGCCGGGUGCCGGGGCUCGCCACCGACAACCACCUCAUCCCCUGCUGCCCAAACCGGCGGCAGCGCGCCCCGGGGGUCCCGGCCUUCCUGGACACGGACCUGCGGUUCCACCCCACCCGCGGCCCUGACAUCACCUUUUCUCAGGACCGGAUGGUUGCGUGCACCAACUGGCAGGAAAGCAAUAGGACCUUGGUGUUUUCUGACCGGCCCUUGCACAUCGGCGAAAGCCUCUUUGUGGAAGUGGGACACCUCGGGUUGCCCUACUACGGGGCCCUCUCGUUUGGCAUCACUUCUUGUGAUCCCAGUACUUUACGGACAAACGAGCUCCCGGCAGACCCGGACUUUCUCCUGGACCGCAAGGAGUACUGGGUGGUGUACCGGGCCUUCCCCGUCCUCAACAGCGGCGACAUCCUCAGCUUCAUGGUCCUGCCGAACGGAGAGGUGCACCACGGCGUGAACGGAGCCAGCCGGGGAAUGCUCAUGUGCGUGGACACCUCGCAGUCUCUCUGGGUGUUUUUUACGAUCCACGGUGUAAUCAACCAGCUCAAAAUAUUGGGCACUGUGCAGUCCAGCCCAGUGACCGUCUCGCCCUCAGGGUCCCCCGGCGGCUCGCAGUACGACAGCGACUCGGACAUGGCCUUCAGCGUCAACAGGUCGUCCUCUGCCUCCGAGUCUUCGCUCGUGACUGCUCCCAGCUCCCCCCUGAGCCCCCCCAUCUCUCCCGUCUUCCCCCCUCCGGAGCCAUCAAGCAGCAAGAACGGGGAAUGCACCGUCUGCUUUGACAGCGAGGUGGACACGGUGAUCUACACCUGCGGACACAUGUGCCUCUGCAACACCUGCGGUCUUAAGCUGAAGAAGCAGCUCAACGCCUGCUGCCCGAUCUGCCGCCGGGUCAUCAAAGAUGUUAUUAAAAUCUACCGCCCUUAGCGCCCGGCUCGGGCUGUAGGAAGGGAGAGCGCCGCUAGCAGUAACCAUGCCUUUCCGUCCCUGCUUAUGGGUUAUCGUGCUGGUCAGUCGUUAUCAAGUGGCUCGUUAUCUGUGUUUCCUUAUUUGACUGGUAGGGCACAAUUCAGGGAUAAAAUUGAGCUGAGGAUCACAUGGGGCCCAAAGCCAAGGCUGCCGUGCCGGCCGGGCUGCGUGCCCGCGGGUGAAUUGGGUGAAUUGUGUUAGGGACCUGACCCGGCUGCCAGUGGGAAACUCCCCGUGCAAAGGCUUUUUUUUCCCUCGGAGGAUGAGGCUCGUGGUGGUGUGGUCGGGACGGGGACGUUGCCAUUUGUUCGGUGCUGAGUGCCACCGGAUUUCCCAGCCCCAAAACCCAAAUAGCCCUGGGGUGCCUGCGCUGCGGUGGAACAAAAUUAGAACAAGGCCCAGUGGUAGAGCUCCAAGUGGACAAAACUGAUCUGAAAAUGUAAUAUCCAUCCAUUUAAGGCGAACUAGCUAAGGCCCAAAUAGUAGCACAGCCAGAUUCUCACUCGUUUGGGUUUUGAGCAGAAUUCUGGGGCACGUGGAGAAGCUGGUUUGGAGUCAGACAAAGCAGCUUUUGCUUUUUGUGGCAGAGCAGGGACUUUUGGACAGGGAGGCUGGGACCCGGGGAGCAGCCAUGGGGGUAGCAGCGAGGUGCACAAGCCCAGCGAGAGCCCCGGACAGCCCGAGCUGCUGCAGCAGCAGUGACGGGCAGCAGCAGUGGGCAGCUCACACACCGGCCCCAUGUCUGAUGCAGCCAUAAAUGUUAGGCUGGUGUUUGGAUGAGCGGGCUGUAAUCCCACUUUAGGAAAAGCGAUGGGCUGCCAUCGGCCAAACCGAGUUUUUAUCACACGCAGGCACGUCUGCCUGCAUUCUGCUCUGCCUCUGGUUCAGGGAGGUGACAUCUCACGGGGCCCUGCCCUGCUCAUGUCCCUCACCCUGCCCCUGCCGCCAGCGCAGGGCUCAGCCUCCCUCCCUGCCCACCACCAGGACUUUUUGGAGCCUGUGGUGAGAAAUCCACGUCUGCCCCAGUCCCCGCAGGCUCACCUUUUCUUUCUGGGGACUGCAGAUGUGCUGGCUUCACCUUCUGCGUUUCUCCUGCCUCUCCAGGUUUCCCAGCAUAGCUCCCAUUGCCCGGACACUGGGUCCCAAGGGAGGCUCCAGCCAUAGACAAGAGCUUCUCGAGAUGACCAGGGAUGAAACCUGCUUUUACUUGGGAGAAGGAAAGAAAAAGGCUCUGAGGCUGUUAUUAGAUGUUGGCACUUAAGCAGUAGAUGGAUUUCAGCUGUGCUGUUAGACAGCCACAAGCAGCAGCAACCCAGAGGAGCUGGGUAGGGGACGAGCAGACAGCAGCGGGCCUUGGUGUCCUUCUCCUUGAUGCUCCUGCAGGAGCUUCCCUCCGUCCUCGGCCCCCUUGCAGGCCUCCCCUCUGGCCCUUCACCCCGAGCACACCCCAAGCCUGGUCCAGCUUGGCAAAGAGGUGAAGGGCACGAUUAGAGAGGGGCUGAUGGCAUUCUCGCUCCGUGACCGUGUGCCACCAAGCAAGAAACCCACACCCAGGCACACCCCGGGGCUGCUGGGUGCACAGGGGCGUCCUGCUCCUGCCUGCCCCUUCUUGCUGUGGGUGCACCGCCGGCUGUCCUGCGCUGCUGGUGGUGCCAGGCUGCGUGGCUGCUCUCGGUCCCUGGCCCAGAGCCUCUCUUACCUCAUGGGAAGCACACCCAGGGGAGCAGAUAACCCGUCCCACGUCGAGCCGCAGCUGCUCGGAGGCUGGCCCAACGUGCCAGCUCGCAGGGCACGGAGAAAACUAUUUUCCUUUUUUUUAAACUUGAAGAGCUAAUUAGCAUUUCCAUUAAGUGUAUAAAUGAGAGGCUACUUUAUAGAGUGAGAGCUCUCAGACACUGCCCUGCUGCAUCAGCACGAGAGCCUGCUGGCUUUGCAGAGCCCUUUUUGGAAACGCGGCUCAGCGCUGGCCACGCAGCAUCAGCAUGUGCUGAGCCCCGGCAGAGCCAUGGGCGCAGCGACCGCUGCACGUUCGCCUUUGCAAAACGCAGCGGUGAGUUUUCCAGCUUUCUGUCUUGCAGUUUUCCAGCAGCUGAAGCCUUGUGCCGAGCUUGAUGCUGCCCGGCGUGGUCCUGCCCAGCCUCCGGUUGUAGAUAAGGGCGCAGCCGUGGUCACCGGGCACAACGCCGGGUGCCGCGGUGGCAAAUACGCAACUGCAGGGUGAAUCCUGGCCAGGUGGGUUCGGCUGUGCCCGGCUGUGAGCGGGCUGCGGUGGGCAGUUUGGCCUGUCGAGGUGUUCAGGGAAAGCUGUCUGACUUCACAGUGAGCGACACUGGCUUGGAGCAAGCUGGGCUAACAAAUGCCAGCCAGACCCCACGCCGCAGUCCCUGUUUUGGGGUGCCCUGUGCCAUUCAGUGCCAGCCCCCAGCCACCUGCACCGCCUAAAGUGCAGAGCCCGCUCGCUUGGCCGACCCCUCGGGUCUCCAACAAGCAGGGCUGGCUGCACGCCUGGCUUUUUUCUCGGUGUAGCUCUUUUCUUUCAAGCUAGCACGGAGAAGCAGUGAAAGCACUCGCUCCAAGCUGGCAGCCGAGCUGAUCAGGUCGCACAGGUUUACUUUGCGCUGUAGCAGCUGCGAGGGAUUUCAGGGCACGGCACCCAGCAGGGCCAGCAGGGGAGCGAGCUCGCUGCGGGUGAGGAUCCUCGCCGGGGUGCUGAGCGUGGCCGAGCAGCGGUAGCCGAGGCGCCCUGCCUGCCUGAGGGCGACAGGGAUGUUCCAAAAUGGGCGCAGAGGCCUCUUAAAAAUGAUUUCCAGGAAAAGGUAGCCUCUUACAGAUUUAACCGUUCGUACUCGUAUUGCUAUUUUUUUUAACCAGUCCGAUGAGAUAUGAUUUGUACAGAAGAUCUGUUUGUGCCUUAUAAGGGUGUCUGUGCACUUUUUAUCCUUUCUAAAGCGACUUUUAAAAAAAAAAAAAAGAAAAAUGGGGAGAAAAUAUCACAGAUCAAUGGUAGUUUUAUAGAUUUUUUUUGUGUGUGUUCAUCAAGAAUCCUGCUUUAUAUAUAUAUAUAAACGUAUAUAUAUAAAUUUAGGAGUGAAAAAAGUGUUUAUUCCUAUGGAUUCCCACCCGCUCCCAUUUGUUUUAAAAAAAAAAA